AAAUUUUUUCAUGAUCCCUAUCUUUUCUCAACAUAUAAAAUAAACCUCAUGUUGUAACACACCUUGGUUGCAGUCAGAGCACCAUCUUCAAUGGCUUCUUCUCCUAUCUCUAACCUCUUCCUCCUCCUCCUCUCUCUUUUGCCUUUUCUACCUAUUUUUUCUGCUUCCAACGUAACUCUGGGCUCAUCACUGUCCGCCAAUGGUAACAACUCUCCAUGGAUUUCACCUUCUGUGGAUUUUGCUUUCGGAUUCUACCAACUCAACAACACAAACACCUUCUUGCUUGCAAUAUGGUAUGCCAACAUACCCGACAAAACCAUCGUCUGGCACGCAAACACAACUAAUCCAGUGCAAGCAGGCUCAAAUGUUGAGCUUACCGCCAGUGGCCUCACACUAAAUGAUCCCAAUGGCCAAACAAUAUGGACGUCACAACCUAACGGCACCGUAUCAUAUGGUACGAUGCUCGACACGGGUAACUUUGUGCUUUCAGAUACUAAAUCUAAUUUUGUGUGGGAAAGUUUUAGUUAUCCUACAGACACCAUCUUGCCAACCCAAAUUUUGCCACUAGGUGGCAUAUUGUAUUCUAAGUUUUCUGAAACCAACUACUCAAAAGGAAGGUUUGAGCUCCAUUUCACUAAUGGAGGAAAUCUUGAGCUCAAUCCUGUCGCUUGGCCCAGCGAAUUGCUUUAUGCGCCUUAUUACAGUAGUGGAACGGCUAAUUCCAACUCUUCCGAAUCUGGGUUUCAACUGGUUUUCAGUCAAUCAGCAGAUAUUUACAUUGUGAAAGGGAAUGGAGGGGUUGUCCAACUCUCAUCAUGGCAGAACAUCGUUCAAAUCUCAAACAGCUACUAUCGCGCAACGUUGGAUUUUGAUGGUGUUUUCAGGGAAUAUACUUACGCGAAGACUUCUGUCAGUGGCCAGAACUGGUCAAUUGUUCGACGCAUCCCUGACAAUAUAUGUAUGGAGCUGAUGAACCCGGAAGUAGGUAGCGGUGCCUGUGGGUUCAAUAGCUACUGCAUAGCAAACGGUGGCACUCCUAGUUGUCGAUGCCCACCCGAGUAUUCAUUCAUGGAUCCAAACAACAAUUUUGGAGGCUGCAAACCAAAUUUCCCUCAAGGUUGCGGAGUAGACGACGGAACGAAAAAACCAGAAGAAGUGUAUGACUUGAAAAAGAUUCAAGGCGUGAAUUGGCCACAUGGAGAUUAUGAGAGUUUGGGACCUUAUAAUCAAACUCAGUGUGAACAGGCUUGUUUGAACGAUUGUUUGUGUGAUGUUGCCAUAUUUAACGGUACAACAUGUUGGAAAAAGAAACUACCGCUAUUUGAUGGGAGAAUGGAAUUUGGACUAGCUAUUAUCAAAGUAAGGAAAGACGGUGUUCUGCCUUCGGGAAGUUCUAGAAUUCCAAUUUCCAACUCAAAGAAAGGCAAGCAAAUUCUCUUGUGGAGCUUCGGGUUUGUCAACGUUCUAUUACUAGUCGUAAUUUCCCUAAUUUUGUUCUCAAUUCGACGGAAAAGAUCAAGAAAGGCCGAACAUGAUUCAAGUGUUCCCGAAACAAAUUUGCAUCUUUUCACUUUCGAAGAGCUCAAGGAAGCGACAGAAGGGUUCAAGGAUGAAUUAGGGAGGGGUUCUUUCGGAAUUGUUUACAAAGGUGUAUUGAAAUUUGGUUCAAAGAAACGAGUUGCGGUCAAGAAGUUGGACAAGUCAACACAAGAAGGAGACAAGGAAUUCAAAGCCGAAGUGAGUGCAAUUGGGAAAACCCAUCACAAGAAUCUGGUCCAACUGUUCGGAUAUUGUCAAGAGGGGCCUCAAAGGCUUCUAGUGUACGAGUUCAUGAGCAAUGGAAGUCUAGCAAAUUUCCUCUUCGGCCUUCCAAGACCUGAUUGGUAUCAAAGGACUCAGAUGGCUCUAGGGAUUGCAAGAGGACUAGUUUACUUGCAUGAAGACUGUAAUGCCCCGAUCAUCCACUGCGAUAUAAAGCCUGAAAACAUACUAAUUGACGAAAAUUUCACCGCACGAAUUUCUGACUUUGGAUUGGCAAAAUCAUUAUUGCUCAACCAAACUCGAACUCAUACUGGGAUAAGGGGAACUCGAGGAUACGUGGCUCCAGAAUGGUUCAAGAACGUACGUGUGACGGUUAAAGUGGAUGUCUACAGUUUCGGUGUCAUGUUGCUAGAGAUUAUUUGUUGUAGAAAUAGAGUGUGGCAAAGGAGUUUGGGGAAGAAGAAAAGGCAAUACUCACAGAUUGGGCUUACGACUGCUAUAUGAAUGGGAGACUUGACAUUUUGGUGGAAAAUGAUCAGGCUGCCAUCGAAGAUAAGGUGACCCUGAGCCGGUGGAUCUUGACAGCAAUCUGGUGUAUACAAGAGGAUCCUUCAAAAAGGCCUACAAUGAAGAUGGUAACACAAAUGUUAGAGGGAUAUGUUGAUGUUCUUAUUCCCACUAGCACUUCUUUCAGCUAUUCAUCGUCAUGAAACAUGAAGAUAGGCCGAUCUA